AUGAUAGACCACACCCAAUUCCACGAGGUCUUCAAGCCCGACCUUGGCUCGCCGUAUGACCAAGACUUUGUACGGGAGGUCGAGGUGCAGCGCAAGAGCUUCAAUGGAGUCCUAUUCAUCGACAGGGUGCUGAAGGCACUGGGAAUCACCAAGUCUAAGGCAUAUCCCCCGAAAGGCGACAGCGGCCUGCACACGCUGCACCGAGAAAUCUGCGAGAGCAAAAUGUCUAGCCACCACAAGCUGUCCGUAUUCUUCUACCUGCUCCUCGACUUCGACGAGGGCCUCGGUUUGCAGGGUCGCUCCAGUGCUGCGGAGAGCUUCGCGACGCGGUCAGGCGUCCCAACCAAAUACCAGAUCUUCAUGCGCGGGUUGUGGGACAUGGACCGUCAUCAGUUUCAGCUCGCGUUGGAGAGCCUGUCGCAUCCCUCCCUCCUCCCCGAAUUUGCCGAUGAUAUUAUCAUCGUCUUGAUCCGUCACGCCGAGAACAACGACUAUAGCCUCCCACUUGCAUACUACCAUACCGUCCAGCCCGUUCUCAAGACCUCCGCCGCGCUUGAGCACCUCUUCGGCGCAUUGGCUAGAACCAGUGUCACAGAAGCAUUCUACUUCUCCCGAAAGCAACCUGAGAACGCGCGGCAGCAACUAUUCCAUCAACUCAUCUCGGCGGUCUUGGACGGAAGAGGCAGCCAAGACGUUGCUACAAGAGCCACCGAACUCGUCAGCCUACCCCUAGACGGAGCCGAGGAGCAGUGGUUUAACGAAUACCUGACCACCGGCGACGGACGAAAGCUACGGAAGGCCAAGGAUACCGUGAUUAUGCGAAAGGUUGUUACUGGAAAGCAUAGCGAGUCCGCGAGCGAGAAGAAUCUUGGUGGGCAGUGGGGCUUGGUUUUGGAUGGCUUCAAGAGCGGCAUGGGAAACCGUGUCAAAUCAUGA